AUGGAAUCAGUAAACGUCGAAACUAAAGAAGACAUUUUGCAAAGACAUAGAAAUGAGAAAAAAGACAUGCAAUGUAAGAUUCAAUCAAUGAAGAAGUCUGUAGCAAAAGGUGAUCGGAAGAAGAAAAAAGAAGUUGCUGAGCAAACUGCAGAAAUUGAAGCCAAAUUAAAGCAUAAACAUUUAGAAGAACUAAAUACAUUUACAGAGGAAAACGAAGAACCAUCUCUGAUAAAAAAUUUACAAGAAGUUAAAAUCAAUGAUUCUGCUGUUAAAGUUAGUAGAGCUGAAAAACGGCGAACAAAAAAAAUCACUCAAUUGAAAGAAAGGCAAGCAUUAAUUGAAGAACAUGAUAUUCAAAACAUUGGCGGUACACGACAUGUAGAAACUCAAACAUUAGUUAAGAAACUCAAAAAUCUAGGUUUUGUUAUUUUUGAUAUUCCUUCAGACGGUAAUUGCUUAUAUAGUGCUAUUGUACAUCAGCUUAAAGAAAUAUGUGGGCAAACUUUUACUGUACCUGAAAUUCGACUUAAGACCUCUGACUUUAUCAAAUGCAACAAAGAUGACUUUAUACCUUAUUUGAGCCAUCCGGAUACUGGAGAAAUGUUAACUGAUGAACAAUUUAUUGAAUAUUGCUUUCAAGUAGCAAAUUCAGUUCAAUGGGGUGGUGAAAUUGAACUAAGAGCUUUAUCCCACAUAUUCAAAAUACCAAUCAAAGUAAUUCAAGCUGAAGGAUCUGAUAUCACUAUUGGAAUAGAAUAUACUAAUUGUAAUAAAGCAUUAAUUUUAGUGUUUCAUCGACAUAUGUAUGGUUUAGGUGAACAUUAUAAUUCGCUUUUAGUGUUGAUAUUAGUGUCUUCUACAAGUUCUUUCCAAAAUAACCUUCUACACUCAAUCACUGGUGUUGUUUCAAAAAAUAAUUUUUCAUAUUAUACACUACAAAAUAGAGGAUAUAUUUCUAUUGUAUUAAUAUCUAAAGAGGGUGACGCUGAUUUAUACAUAUCUCAGCCACAUAUUUCACAUCAUCCUACUUUUGAUCCAGAUACAUAUUGCCUUCAAUCUACUACAUGUGGAAUUGAUAUUCUUCAUAUACCUAACUGGUUUAAACGGCCUAUAUACCUUGGUAUUUAUGGUCACCCGUCUAAUGAAAUUGCCAGUUAUACAUUAGACAUAAUUCAAAAUUUAGACCCUGGUGAAGAAUUUAACUUGAAUUUAUUUGAAUCCGAAGAAGAAAAUGAAACUGUAUCUAUAAAUAAUGACAAAGCUAAUGACAAAGAUAAUGACAAAGAUAAAUAUAAAAAUUACCGUGGUGUUUCAGAUAUUUUAUUUGAGCAAAUGGGUUUAACAUUUGAACAUAUGUUAUAUUCCCUUGGAAUAACACUUCAAUUAAUUUGGAAUUUUAUUGGUAUCAUCAUAGAAGUAUUAUUUUUAUGA